AUGGGAAUAUAUUUCGUUGACUUUGAUGUGGAGUUUCACCCAUCAUGCAGGUAAGAUAGUCCUCUCUGCCACGAAUUGAUUAUUUUUCAUUGUAGGCAUCCGGUCCAAGAGUUCUGUGUCUGCUAUUAUGUUUUGUAUGCUACUCUUGCAAAAUAAGCUUCAUAAAAAAUUCAAACUAAGGCAGAUGAUUUAGCUGAAGCAAACUUUACAACACUCGUCCAAAAAAUGCAAGGAAAACUUCCUUCAAACCUUCGUAUCAUUAGACAAGAAAAUAUUUCGUCAUUUCCGUUGCGUUUCUCUAUAUGUGACCCUCCACAGGAUUUCAGGGAAUAAUGUGAACGCACGCACACGGCACGUUAUGACACGCUCGCACGCUAAUGGCAUAACACGCUUACCGUGCAGAUAUGCGCAUAAAAAAAAUUGAUUUUAGAAAGUGCGUUGUUCAGAUCUGGCUAACACGGUAUAGAACUUUGUUAUUACAACACGCUAGUGUUGUGUCCGUUUUAUAAAGGAAGUUUGACUCGCUAUGUUUGAGCGAGCAGUGGAAUCAGAUAGCCGCUCGCAUUAACACAAAAUGUAGAGGAAAGAGGAGGACUCUUAUUCACAGACUUACGAAAACUAGUUUGUUUCGAAAACACUGAGAUAGCACAAUUAGUCUAUCAUUUAACAUGAAAACAUUAUGGGUCGGUUAAUUGAACAGAGUUUAGCCAUUGUUCAACAAAACUGCGUUCUGAGUUAUUUUGAUUUUAGCUAAUCCUCGUAAGCCUUGCUAAUUAUUAAGAGAAUAAAGAGGGCAUGAAACGCAAACUAGAAAUUCAUUUAUGUGCCCAAAAUAACGCAUUUAUAAAAAUGUUAGGUGGCGAAGAUUGAAGAUUAAUUAUAGUCAAGUAAACUCGAUCAUGGAUAAUAUGUUUUUCUGUGAAAAAAUCUUCGAUUAAUAUUUUCCUCAUUAGUUAUGACAUAGUGAAGAUUGCUAAUGAUCAGAACUAUAUCCUUGGUGAAUACUGUGGUCGAAGGACUGGGCAGACAGUUGCAGUUUAUGGAAACUUCGCCUUGAUAACAUUCCAAACAAACUCCUUUCUCGAAACAAGAGGAUUCUUCUUCCGUUUCAAAACGGUUCCCGCUGGUUUGUAUAGUUCUUAGGAUGGAAAUCUCUCAAAAUAUUUAAUGAAGUGGUGACAGUGUGAUGUUAUCUCAAAGAGAGAACCAAAAUAAUUAUACAACUGAAAUGGUUUUUUUAUCAGCGGCGUUUCUGAACCUCUCAUAGACGAUGGCAACUAUUUCUUAUGGGUAAUCACAUGAUUUCGAGUGCAAUUUGGGAAAAAUCAACACAAGUAAAUUAUUUAAAAGCUAACCAAAUUGCACGAGCUCCUAGGGUAAGUUCAAUGUGUAGUUUAUGAAAACUUUACGAGUCCUGAUUUAUCCCAACUUGCACGAGAUAAAAUCGUGUGAUUACUUGAUAAUAAUAUACAUGCAAAAAUUUGAUUCAGUUUUGAUUGGUGCGGCCACUUAUCUUUGCAUUGUUUCCAGAGUCGUGGGGAUCCUCCCGCAAGAAUCAGGAUCAACUUUAAACUUUAAACAAUUGAGUAUUUGCGAUCUUUCUCAGUUAGAAUUUGCUUUACACGAAGGCUAUCACUCUCGCAAUGUAAUCCCUGUCUUUCGUACUAGCUGUUGCGUAAACUCCGAUAUAAUUUUGUUCAGGUCCUCCAGUUCUUACCUUUUAAAAAUUUUUGCCAUAGCCGUUUUUGGGAGUCCAUGCCUCACCGAAAUUUAGCCAGUUGUUUGCGCUUUGUUGGAAGUUUUUGAUUUUAAUCAAGCACAGGCGACCCAAGCUCGCGUCUCGAGAAAAAGCCAACAAUUAAUUCAUGAACGCGUCACGCGUUGUGUGACUCGGUGUUAAGUUACGAGAGGAACUGUUGAAAAUUUGAACACCUUAUUAGGAAUAGUAUGGGGAACGAAAUGUGAUCGGUUUACAACGAUAAAUAUUUCAAAAUAUGAAUAUUUUACACGUAAAGUCAUAACACUUACUCGCAUCCUGUGUGUCCGUUGUAGUUUCCGGCGUUUUCUGCUGUUUUAAGGUUGCUUUACCAUCACUUUUAUUCCUGUCAAAAGACGAAGUCAAGGCUGCACACUCCGAUUUCGACCGUUGUCCAUGAGCUUGGGCGGCCUGUGAAUCAAGACGUCGUUAUUUCUCCCCUAACCUGUCCGCCAUUUCGUUUUUAUGUGCUUUCGCAACUUUCCCACCAAUCAAUUUUUUUCAACUUUUUGCAAGUUAUUGGAUAAAUUGACAUGUCUUUAACCAAUAAGCAACCUGAAUUUUUUCCAUAUAUGUUAUUAUAAAACGAAUGCGGAGAGAUGUCGUGUAUUACCAACUUCGUCUGACUACGAGCUAUUUUCCAUUUCAUUUUUUUUAUGCAACUUUUCUUUAGCCCCACCCAAAAUAACCUUACCUGCCGUUGUGGAAGCUCUCCCAGGUUACAGAGUGAAAAUUCCAGUGACUGGAACUCUACCGAUAUACACAGCAGUAAUAAGAAGCUCUACCGUGUUGGUGAACACAACAUAUGCUGCAACCUUUCAGUUCUAUAAUGAGUCAAAUUGCACCUCUGUUGCCUUUAACAAGUAUGGAUAUGAUACGAGAGAGUUCUCUGUGAUUUUUAAAGGUAAGGACAUUUCAUAA